AUGAAAAAAUGGGUGGUGUAGACCAGCACUUAUUUCUGCAGCAGCUGUCUAUAAAACAGACCACAAUACUAAACAACUUCAGUGCAUAAUUUAAACCUAUUCCUGUAGGGACAAAGUCUUUUGAGGCACUUCUUAAAGAGAAAGAGAGAGAAAAUGUCACGUGUCGCGAAAAUGAACGGAGUCUCAAUGAACGGUUUUCACGGGGAUGAAAAAUUCCGAGGCCACGGAAUGAACGGCGGCAGUAUCAAUGGAAUGAACGGGAACGGUGUUACUCCUCUGAACGGGAGCGCGCGCAGCCCCAUUAAAAUGAAAGCGCGUGGUCAGCGGUGGAGUGUGCGAGCGUCGGAGAUGGCCAAGAACACCCUCAAUCCUAUCCGCGCUAUAGUGGACGGCAUGAAGCUCACCCCGAACCCUGACAAACCCAUGAUCGCCCUGUCCAUCGGUGAUCCUACAGUAUUCGGAAACCUGCCUACAGAUGAAAGUGUGCUACAGGCUGUGAAGGACGCUGUAGAUUCACACAAGUAUAACGGCUAUGCCCCCUCUGUAGGUUACCAUAAGAGCAGAGAGGCUGUGGCGAACUUCUACAGCAAAGCAAGUGCUCCACUGGAAGCUAAUGAUGUGAUCCUGGCCAGUGGAUGUAGCCAGGCUAUUGAGUUGGCUAUCAGUGUGCUGUGUAAUCCAGGAGACAACAUCCUGGUUCCUUGCCCUGGAUUCUCUCUCUACAAAACUCUGGCAGUGUCGAUGGGCAUCCAAGUCAAACUGUACAACCUACUGCCAGAGAAGUCUUGGGAGAUUGAUCUCCAACACUUGGAGAGUCUGAUUGACGAGAGGACAACUUGUCUGAUCGUUAACAACCCAUCCAAUCCCUGUGGCUCUGUAUUUACCAAAGAGCACCUGCAGAACAUCCUCUCAGUUGCCUCAAGACACUGUCUGCCUAUCCUAGCAGAUGAGAUCUAUGAAGACAUGGUCUUUCCCAACUGUGAGUUUCAUUCCCUGGCUCCUCUCAGCAGUGAUGUACCUAUUCUGUCCUGUGGUGGUCUGGCUAAACGCUGGCUUGUUCCUGGAUGGAGAAUGGGCUGGGUCCUUAUCCACGACCGCAAUAACAUCUUCGGACCAGAGAUUCGAGAAGGUCUUGUAAAGCUCAGUCAGCGCAUUUUGGGAGCCUGUACAGUUAUCCAGGGGGCGCUAGAAAGCAUCUUUAAAAAUACUCCCUCAGAGUUCUACCAAAGUACAAUCAACUUCAUAAAGUCAAAUGCAGAUAUAUGCUACUCAGAGCUGUCCACUGUUCCUGGGCUCAAUCCAGUAAUGCCAUCUGGAGCCAUGUACCUUAUGGUUGGAAUUGAAAUGGAGCACUUUCCAGACUUCCAGGAUGAUGUGCAGUUUACUGAGCGGCUGGUUACCGAACAGUCCGUGUUCUGCUUGCCUGCCACGGCAUUUGAAUACCCAAACUUUUUCCGGAUUGUGGUGACGGUUCCUGAGGAAAUGAUGGUGGAAGCAUGCGAACGGAUCAGGGAAUUCUGUGCACGGCACUACAGACCCCGAAGCCAAGACAGCAAUGACCUGGACCAGUGAAGGGAUACGAGCUAAAGAUAAAGAUGAAACAUUUAAGAUUCAUGCAAAAGUGUACAUGUAGUAGACAGUGAAAUCCACUUCUACAGGUUUGGAUGAGGAUUGAUGUUUCUGUGAGGAUUGAGGAAACAAAAUAUUCUACGCACUAGUGAUGACUGGUCAUGACAUAUGAUAUGGUUGUGAUAAGGCUAAAAUUUAAUAUCUAUCAAAAGCUCAACAAUGAACUAUUGGAGUUGAGAAACACAUUAUAUCAUAAGGUCAGCAAUGGCAUUAUAAGAAUGAUGCACACACACACACACACACACACAUACACACACUGAAAAGCAGAUAGGCAUUCCUAAACAGCACUUUAAUCGGACUAAUCUACGUCAUCAUCAUUUUUUCAUGUCAUUCUGUACUCACCGAUGGUAUUGUGGAGCUUUCUUCCACAAAUCUCCAAAAUUACCCACCUUAACCAUGUGUUAAAAAAGCAGUCUGAUGUGCGUGCCAAUAUUAAACUAUUUUAUUAAUGUAUUUUUAUUACUAACAGCUAGGAAGGAGCUUUGGCCUGUUACCCCAUUUAUAUUAUAUAUGCUAUGCAUCUAUUCUAUGCAUUUUUAUAUGGACCAGCAAACUGUCUUAUGUAAAUCUUGUACUUAUCACUUGUAGACUGUAGUAGUUCCUUUUGUGUAUGUAUAUCAUUAUUUUAUGUCCAUCCUGGUUUGGUUUAGAGGCUAAAGAGAAGCCACAUGUCUCACCACCGCAUUACAAACAGACUAGAAGCUGCUGUUGGAUCUCAGCUCUCAUACAACACGCUCUUUAUCCUGUAAACCACACAAUUCACCGAACAGUAUGUUGAGCCUUAGCGCUUAUCUCUGAACCCUUAAUGAUCUCAGAGAUUCUUAGGUGUCUUUGAGACAUCUGUAUUACACAUUUGUAACCCCACCAUCGUAUAAACAAGGUUUUAUAGAGUCAAGUAUGUUUUUUUUUUUAUCUUCUUGUAUUUCCAUUAUAUGAUUUUUCUGUAUUAAAUACUUAACAGUUAUUUAAAUAAAAUCUUACAAAAGA